GAGUGAAGCCGUCGUGAUGAGCAGAUUAUGAUGGUUUGCACUCGUGGUGCUUUGAAGCAUUCGGUGGGUGAAAGGCCCAGGAGCAAGACGUCUGUCUGCUCUCUUCUCAUCGACGAAAUCGUGCUAUACUAUGUACGAGUAGUGUUCAUCUCCAGAGACCAUCUCCAUAGAUAUUCCCUACAUGGGCUCGGUCUCUCUCUGGCUCCGCCAUCACCACUUGCAGCUACUACAGUAGGACUAGUAAUUCGACCUCCCCUGUAAAAUAUGUGAUAUCGCCAGAGCCAUUUUUUCCCGCUCUCCAAAGGAUUUUUCUCUCUCCCUCACCCACUCACUCGCCUCCUUGCUGCUACCCCUCCAUCAGCCCCUCCAUUCAUCACUCACCAUGAAACGUCAACCCCCCCCCACUUCAUGCGUUCUAUUCAUCACCUGGGCAUUGCCACCGCUGCAAGUUUUUCCCUGCCCUGCUCUCAUCGACCGAUGUACAGUACCUGUCCUUGGCUUGGCUGGUAGGCGCCGAAUAGGAGGUGCAGCUCCCUCGCAGGAUGAAUGCGAUGUAUCAUAAAU